GUGCGUGAGUCCCGCGGCACUGCGUGCGUGUUAGUGAGCUCAUAUAUCUCUCGCUCUGCAUGAAAAUUACAAUAUAGCAGCCACUAGUGUGUGCAGCUGGAUAUAAACAACAUUAGUGUUUACGGCGUACACCAUACAUACGUCGUCCGUUUUUCACGAUAUAUUCCCAAGGCGAGCUUUUCAACUCGCUUUUUCCUCGCCUUUUUUUCUCUCCGCGCGAGAUUACAUUAUUUCGUCCAAGAGGUCGUGUAUAACGCGCGAGGCUGGAUAAAGCGUCCGAGACGUCAACGUUCAAGCUGCUCCGAUAUAAUAAGUUUGAAUCUCGGACUGUAGCUGCCCGUUAAUAACCGCAAUUCGCUCUUAUCUGCGAUUGUUGUUGUUGUUGUUUUGCGACGCAGCGCAGCAUCUCGUCAGCUGCUGCAGCUGGGAUCAUUCAUUGUUGAGCCAAACGAGUAUUUUAGGUUUAGAAUUCAGGAUGUCUGAACAAUUUUUGGGAUGCACCGUGUCCAUCAAGUGUACUGAAGACUUGGGGAACAGUAGCUAUCAAGGCCAAAUUAUUGCUCUAAAUGAUCAGAUUGUCACUCUUGCCAAAGCCUUUUGUAAUGGCGUUCCAUGUGAUUCACCUCGUGUUACUAUAAGGGCUAAAGACAUCAUAAAUGUUGAUAUUGUCUCCGUCGAUGAAAAAAGUACGCCACAAAAUGCUAUACCAGCUCAAAGUAAAGUUACAGUUAAGAGGCCAAUUCCAAAAAAAGCUAGUAAAAAUGCUGUACCAUCUGCGCCAGAACAACAAGUAAACAUUGCAAAAAAACCACCAGUUGAUAAUUCUACUUACAGUGAAGCAACAUCAAAUGCAAAUGGGAAAAAUGGUUCAGAACAAUCAAGAAGAAAGAAAAUGACUGACAGAGAUGAAAAUACUUUUGGUACUCCAAUUGAUCAAUCGUUACACCAAGAUUUUGAUUUUGAAAAAAAUUUAGCUUUAUUUAAUAAAGAAGCUUUGUGGCAAGAAUUCAAUUCUAAAAAACCAGAAACCGUUCAACAGCAGGCUAAUAAAGGCAUUAACAAAGGCAGAUACAGACACGAUGAAAAUGUCAUCGAGUCAGAACCAACAGCACUCAGGCAAAUUGCAGUUCCGUGUGCAGGGUCCAAAGAGUACGUAACAGAUGAUGGUCUAAUUAUUCCUAGUGUUUCCUUAGAACUUCAUCGACAACUUAUUGGAGCUGCCGAUAGAUUUGGAAUCAGCUGGGAACGCAGAGUGGAAUUACUCGGUCGAGCUGGUACAGAAAUCAGUCUACAACUUUUAGGAGGAGCCCAUCGAUUGAGCCCUCAUAAUGCGCAUCAGUGGCCUACGGUCGUAGCACUUUGUGGACCUCACAGAUCAGGUGCUGCAGGUAUAAACUGUGCUCGACAACUUUCAUCGCAUGGUGUCAAAACCAUUGUUUAUGUUGAGAGCUCAGAAGAUAUCUUCCUGCUGCAAGAACUUUCGCUGUACCGUUACACGGGGAAUCGAGUCGAAGUAGAUGUAAAGAAAUUACCGAGUGCAGUAGAUCUUAUUAUUCUCGCACUAUACGAAGAGAAAUCACCUCGAAGUAUACCUGCUGUUGCUAAGUGGGCGAACAAUAAUCGCGCGUCUGUAUUAGCCAUUGAACCUCCUGCUACUGGUACGCCAGGUAUUGUCAGCAAGUACAGUCUCGUUUCAGCGUUACCUCUGUCUCAUUGUGCAGACAACGGUAGAUUAUAUCUAUGUAAUUUAGCGCUACCAAACAAAGUUUUUCUGGAUGUUGGAAUUAAUUACAGGUCCCCAUUCGGACCAAAAUUUGUUAUGCCUUUGUACUUGAACAGUUCCUAGCAAUUUUGUUAAUAUUCACGGCUAAAAGUACUAGAUUUAAAUGGGCUUAACCGAACGCAAAGAAACUUUGUUUUCAUUGAGACUGAUAAACGUGGAAUAUAUUGUGCUCAUGAUAGGGCGAAGAUACCACUUUUGAAGUUGAAUCAAACAAUAAAUAGUGGAACUAUAAUAAUGACACGUUUUGAGUAUCGAGACCUUGAAAAAAUGUUUUCUCAAGUCUCGAAAUAUAUUUAAAGGGAUCUUUAUGAAAUAUCUCAAAAUUUGUAAAUUUUAUUUUGUUUUAAUCAACUUAUCGAAUAUAAUUUUCGAGAAUUGUGUAAAAAAAUGUUUUAGUUUUUCGUCAUCUGUCAAAAAAAUUUGCUAUUAAUUUUAGUCAAGAGAUAUUUUACUAAGGUUUGUAAAAUCCACGCAUGUAUAAAACAAUUGUAAAAUUAUUAGGGUCAGAAGUUUUUGCAAGUGGGUUUUGUUGAUCAUGAAAAUCUUGCUGAUUCAAAUUGAUAUACUGAGUGACAGUAAGCGCAAAUUAAUGCGAUUUUUAUUGCGUUUUAAAUAACCAGACAUGAUCUAUUGAUGAAAUAAAAGUGUUGAAGGAAAUCUGUCAAAUUAAUUCUGAAAAAGUAGUCUCGUUUUUCUUUCUUUUCUUUGAGUGUGAUUUUUUAUUGUUAUUUCUCAACGUGUACGUUGUAGUUUGCACUUAUGUUUUGAACUUGUGUAAUAAGUUUUAAAUUCGUGAAAAUUAUUCGUUUCAAUUGUUUUCACGUCACCAAUGUAAUCCAACGCCUGAAUUAAAUGUGUAACAUUGAUUUUGAUUUCGAAAUUAAAAUUCAAGCAAUCGAAUAA